GGGAUUGGACUUCAGAGAGGAUUAUUGCAAGAUUGGUUUACUUCAAAGCAUUAUUGAGGCUCCAGUUCUGGCAUUAUCUGCCACAGUCACAAAAGAAAUUAAGAAAGACAUUGACAAUGUACUUGGGCUUUCCAGUAACACUGUAGUAAUUGCUACUUUGCCUGACAGACCCAACAUAUUGAUUGACAUUUGCAUCUCUACUGAAAAUUAUGAAGAGGAGCUUCAGUGGGUACAAGAUGCAGUUGAAAAAUAUGGUAUACUUUGCAAGAAAAUAAUAAUCUAUGUUAACUCUAUAUCAGCUUGUGAGGGGAUAUACAUAUGGCUACAUUCUACUCUGUGCAAAAAUGCAUACAGUGGGGGUGUUUGCUUAGAAAACCGACUGGUAGAAAUGUAUCAUGCCAGCACUGAUGUAGAGUCUAAAGGGAGGAUAAUGGAAUCCUUUUGCAGGCCAGGUUGUACUGUCAGGGUAUUGAUUGCAACAGUCGCCUGCGGAAUGGGCAUGGACAUUCCAGACAUCGCCUUGUGUGUGCUUUGGGGUCUGCCACCAUCCAUGAUGCAGAUGUGGCAGGAAAUAGGUAGAUGUGGGCGUGAUGGCAGAGAUAGUCUUGCCAUCUGUUAUGCUUUUCCAAGAAGCAUCUCCUUACCCUGCCAGAAGUGCCGGAAAAGCAACCACAGAAAAUGUUCCUGUGAGGCAAGGCAACAUUUAAGGGAGUUGGCCACCACUAAGGGAUGUUACCGGACACACUGCCUGGAACCCUUCAAGUUAGAGAACAUUGAUAGUCAUACAGUCAGUGAUGCAAACAAAACUUGUACUUUUUGUAAAAGUAUUGGUAUGUGUUGUUGUAACUUGUGCAAAUGUUGCACAAAUUGUUGA